AUGACCAAUAAAGUCAGCUCUGAAUAUAAAAGGGAAGCUUGGGAGGAAAUUUCUCGCAAUUUCAAUGCUUGCUCGUCAGUGCCCAGAACCUCCCAACAAUUAAAAACCCUCUACGAAAACCUCAAAAGGAGAGGAAGAAAGGACUUGGCUCUGGAAAAUAAGGAUAGAUAUAGAGAAUUAUUGAGUAAUAUGGAUCAAGGGGAGGAAAACAUCAUUAUCGACCAGUUACGAGAGAAGGCUAGGCAGGAAAAAAAAGAAAUGAUGGCUACGGGAGGAGGGUCAUUCAAAAAUAUGUUGGAUGAUACAGAACGUAGGAUAAUAUCCAUUUUAGGGGACAAUGCCAGACCAUUAGAAAUUCCAUUCGAUGAUGCCCAUAUAUAUUUUGAAUAUCCUAUCCCAGCUGUAGAGACAGAACCCAUUCCUAACCUAGGAGAUCCAGAUCCUAUUCCUGACCAAGGAGUUAAUCCCAUUCCCAACCAAUGGGUUGAUCCAGAACCUUGCGGAGAACUUACCUCUACCUCCUUGCCUCCUAUUACCAAAAAACUUAAUAAAACUAGAGCCCCCUUGAAAAGGCUAAUUAGAAAAAAAACCCUUACUCCCAAAGAUAGAUAUUACUUGAAAAAAUUGGAAAAUGCCAAAAUAGAGCAGAAAAUUCUGAAACUGCAACUUCGAAAAACUCUAUUUAUUAUUACUGUUUGA